UUUUUUUUUUUGUCUUGUUUUCCUCUUCUUACACGGACAACCAAUUAAUCAGAAAAAGCUGAAAAACAUAUUUUCAUGGAAUGAUGGUUAGUGAUGAGCUGAGUUUUCAUGUAAGAACUACCAUACAACAGCAUGGACAUUUUUCAGCUGUUGAGUUUAUUUCGUUCCAAAUAUGGUAAUGAAAUUGCUGUCAAUGCGAGUAAAAAUACAAAGCUAGAAGAAACCCAACUUUUCAUGGCCAAAAGUAAAGGUGGAUUGCUAAAGAAGAAAGGUUGAUUUUUUUUUGAAGAAGAAGAAGAAGAAAGAAGAGGAAACAAAAAAAAAAAAAACAAUGCCAACAGUUUGGUUUUCAUUGAAGAGAUCUUUACACUGCAAAUCAGAGCCAUCAGAUGUUCAUGACCCAAAAACCAGGAAGCAAUUGAGUACAAUAUUGACAAGGAAAGCAGGGAGGUCUGGUUGUUCAAGGUCUAUAGCAAACCUCAAGGAUGUCAUUCAUGGAAGCAAGAGACAUUUAGAGAAGCCACCCAGUUGUAGUCCUAGAUCCAUUGGGAGCAGUGAGUUCCUUAACCCUAUUACCCAUGAAGUUAUUCUUAGCAACUCUAGGUGUGAGCUCAAAAUCACUGGUUUUGGAGGCUUCCAAGAUAGUCUCACUAAUGGAGGUAACAUGGAUGCUAAUGGCGGCGGCGGUGGUGGUGGGAGCGGUGGGGGCUCAACUUUUGUUGGUACUUUAAGGCCUGGAACACCAGGGCCUGGAGGUCACCCAACAAUGCAUUAUUUUAACCCUUCUUUUAAGAAUUCUUCCACUACUACUCCUCCAAGGAAAUCACCUUUCCUUGUAUCAGAAAGGAAAGGCAGUGGUGGAAAUGGGCAUUCAAGCAAUAGAGUUCCACUUGACGCAGACUCUAAUGGAAGUUGUACAGUCACUUGUCACAAAUGUGGAGAACAAUUCAACAAAUGGGAAGCUGCUGAAACUCACCAUCUAUCUAAGCAUGCUGUUACUGAACUUGUGGAAGGCGACUCAUCUAGGAAGAUUGUUGAAAUCAUAUGCCGAACAAGUUGGUUAAAGUCUGAGAACCAUUGUGGCCGGAUUGAAAGGGUUUUGAAGGUCCACAACAUGCAAAAGACUCUGGCUCGAUUCGAAGAUUAUAGAGAAAUUGUGAAGAUUAAAGCAAGCAAACUUCCCAAGAAACAUCCUCGGUGCAUUGCUGAUGGAAAUGAGCUGUUGAGGUUCUAUGGCACAACCGUGGCAUGUUCUCUUGGUCUAAAUGGCUCCUCAAGUCUUUGUAUAUCCGAAAAAUGUUGUGUAUGUCGGAUUAUUAGGAAUGGAUUCUCUGCCAAGAAAGAGCUCAAGGAAGGACUUGGUGUUUUUACAACUUCCACAAGUGGACGAGCUUUCGAGUCCAUUCAAAUUCUCGAAGACGAUCCAUCUAUAAGGAAAGCUUUAAUAGUUUGCAGGGUAAUAGCUGGACGAGUUCAUAGACCUUUGGAGAAUAUACAAGAAAUGGCAGGCCAAACCGGGUUUGAUUCGUUGGCCGGGAAAGUCGGUCUAUAUUCGAACAUCGAAGAACUUUAUCUGCUCAAUCCCAGAGCUCUACUUCCUUGUUUUGUGGUAAUCUGCAAACCUUAGAAGACACAAGUUGUGACUUUAUGAAAGUUAUGUGAAUCCCUUUUUCCUUGGUAGAGUUUUUCUUUUUUGGAAAGAAUUCUCAUUCUUCUUGCAAUAUUCUUGUUAAUUGCUGAUAUGUUCUGGUUUUUCAUGCAAUUAUAUUGCUUCUUUUGUGUUUAGGAACUGUAUUGUAGAUGAAAGAUGUGUGGCAAAAUUUAUAUUUCAUCAACCAUGAUUGAAUAUUUCAAGCUUCA